AUCGCAUCACUAUUCGUCGUCUGACAAUAUGGCGGAAUUUCUUAUCAGUAAAGCAGUGAAUUUGUAGAAUAUUUGACGAAAAUAGCAAUUUAUAAAUAGAAUUUAAAACAAGAACAGAUUAUAUUGAGUAGAAAGGACCUAUUUAGCGCCGAGCUGUGUAUUAAACUGUUUACAUUUGUUACAAAAAUAACCGCGUACCGAAAUAUUUAAUUGAACAUCUGACAAUAAUAAUAAACAUGAACAUUAUGUUUGAGGAGCAUUCAAAGCGAUAAUUUGCGUAGAUAAUUACGUCACGGCAGCCUCAUGUGUCGAGAUUACCGUUUGUGCAUCGUGUAUAUACGCUGCUAAGGUCCAUAAUGAUUCAUGAGGUUAAUUGAGGUUUUACCUCGAUAAUACGUAAUUGGUCCGUAAGCGUUACGCGAUAAGUGUGUAGUUUCGCCUUCAUCGGGCGUUGACUCGUCUCACAAGAAUCCGGUAGAAACGCGAGUGAGUAAUUGAUGAAAUGAUCGAAAGUGUAUCAAGACGUGCCUUCAGCAGUUCCAGUGGAACUUACAACGUGCGGGCAUCGGAGCUGGCGCGCGAACGAAAGCUCAACAUCUUCAAUGUCACUGUGCAGUUUCUGGAUGACACCCAACAGUCAUUUCAAAUCGAGAAAAAAGCUAAAGGCAGUGUUCUUCUAGAACAAGUGUAUCAACAUUUAGAACUCGUAGAGAAGGAUUAUUUUGGAUUACAAUUUACUGAGAAUGGAUCACCGCCCAAUGCUACAAACUCGGAAAUAACUCGUUGGCUGGACAGCACGAAAUCGGUGAAGAAACAAGUUGGUGCGAACGCCCAAUUCUGGUUGGCUGUUCGCUUCUACCCGCCGGAACCUUCCCGAUUGGCCGAGGAGUACACGAGAUACCUGUUGUGCCUUCAACUGAGGAAGUUGCUGCUUGAUGGCAGAAUGAAUGCUCCGAAGAACACCGCCUUAUUGCUAGCUUCGUUCACUGUACAAGCGGAGUUAGGCGACUAUAACGUUUCGGAGCAUCCACCGAACUAUCUAUCCGAACUCUGUCUCCUGCCUAAACAAAAUGCGGAAGAUGAGCGGCGAAUCAGGGAACUACACAAGUUACAUAAAGGACAGUCGCCAGCGGACGCUGAAGCGAAUUUUCUGGAACACGCUAAGAGACUAGACUGCUAUGGAGUUGAGUCGCAUCCUGCCAAGGAUUACAACGGCAAGGACAUAUUCAUAGGAGUGACAUCAAUAGGUAUCGUCGUGUUCCAGAACAAUAUACGAGUCAACACUUUCUCUUGGAGCAAAAUCGUCAAAAUUUCCUUCAAGAAGAAACAGUUCUUCAUACAGCUGAAGAGAGAACCUUCAGAAUCAUACGACACAGUCCUUGGUUUCAACAUGCGGUCUAGUCGAGCGGCUAAAGCGCUGUGGCGCUGCAGUGUAGAAAGACACGGUUUCUUCAGACUACGGGCGCCGAGACGACGAGCGCUUUUGGCAGCGCUGGGAGCGCUGGCCGGGUUAGCUGCACCCACUGUACCUAGAACUGAGACGAUGGCGUUGGAAGACGCGAGACGAUCGAGAUCGACUAAUAGGAGUUUUGUUAGACGCAGUAGUUCCCGCCCCCGCGACCGUUCAGUGGGCAUGUCUCCCGCCAGCGGUAUGCGCGGCUCGCGCGUCACGGCGCACUGCGAGCCCGCGCCGCGCCCCGCCUGGGGGGACCUGGACAGGCCUAGCUCGGAUAUCAUUGAAGGCGACUUUCUAGAGCGAGUUCUUCGUAUCCCCCUAUCCUACGUAGACGAAUCAGAGUCUGGUUCAGAGGGGGCGGAGUCUGCGGAGUGUGGGGGAGUUAAGAUCCGAUUAGAGGCAGGGUCUGACGGACUGUUCGGGUUCAAUGUCAGGGGAGGGGGGGCGGCGCCUGUACUAGUGUCCAGGGUCGCUAGUAGGACUAGACUGCAGUUGCAAGAGGGAGAUCAGGUGAUAUCGAUAAACGGGACGGACGUGGACGAACUGACACACGAACAAGUCGUGCAACUGAUUAGGAACACGAGAGGUGUUCUUACACUGGUUGUCAAGCCAAAUGCUGUAUACGCUCCCGAAGAUCCAGGCGCAGAAGAGCCAGAAGCAUGCUUCGUGCCUCUCUUCUCGGAAGGUGACUCCAGACCAGAAGGGGAUGCUCUAGAACAAUCCAUUCUGUUGCUAGGCGACGGACUGGCCAGUGGGAACGCGCUCAAGCAAUAUGAGACCUUAUUGAGAAGGUUACCAGACGAACCGACGAAUAUAUCGAAACUGCCUUGCAAUUUGAACAAGAAUCGGUAUAGAGAUAUUGCGCCUUAUGAUUCAACGCGAGUGAUAUUGAAGAAUGGACCAACAGGCGACUACAUCAACGCGUCGUAUAUCAACAUGGAGAUACCUAACUCCGAUACAGUGCUUACGUAUAUUGCAACGCAAGGCCCUCUAUCAACAACAGUAGGUGACUUCUGGCAAAUGGUGUGGGAAUCAGAAAGCAGUCUUAUAGUAAUGUUGACGGUACUGACGGAGCGAGGCCGGGCCAAGUGCCACCAAUAUUGGCCCAAGGUUGGCACCACCCCGCUGAAGGCAACCAACGACCUCACCAUAUUUACCAACAGCGAACAGAACCAUGGACACUAUAUUAGGAGAGAGAUGACUAUUAAGGAGAGUGGCGGCGGGUCCCGGUCGGUGUGCCAGCUGCAGUACACGGCGUGGCCCGACCACGGCGUGCCCGACGACGCCGCCGCCUUCAUCAGCUUCACGCAACUCUGCUCGCAGCUACGGAACCGGAGGCCUAUGAUACCGACAGUAGUGGAGCCCGAAGAAGGCGAGGAGGAGCGCGAGUUGGACCCCCCGAUGGUAGUGCACUGCUCGGCGGGCGUGGGCCGCACGGGCGCGCUCGUGCUCUGCGAGGUGGCGCUGGCACUCGCCGCCCGGGGGCAGCCUCUGUACCCGCUCGACCUCGUCCGCGCCAUGCGGGCGCAGCGACCCAUGUGCAUACAGAACGCGAGUCAGUACAAGUUCGUAUGUGAAAGCAUACAGACUGCGUACACGCAAGGACUGACGAAGGCAUCAUCGGAGAACGGAUCGAACUGAUUAAUAUAACUCCCUUGCCAAUUAUUGUACAGUCGACUAUAUACCUGACUGAUCGUAUUAAGGUAUGUACGUGUUCAUUAGUAUACGCUAAAUCGUGAAUUUGGACCUUAAAUUGUAGUUUAAUAAGGUAGUAAUUUGUGUGUGCAAUACUUUUUACUAGAGUUCGGUUUUAGGAUUAAGGGUUUUGCUAUAAGACUAACUGCCGCACUCGGAGACAUUUAAUGAUUACUUAAACUAUUCCUUAGUAACGAUUUUGUAUCGAAACCCAUUGCUAAGGACUGGGUUAAGUAUGUAACCAUUAAAUGACUGAGUAUGGCGGUUAAAGAACAAAAUAAAAGUCGUUCUUAUGAAACGAAUACCAAGUAGUCUUGAUACUUGAGUUAAUCAAACAUUACGAUCUAAUUACAUUUAGGAAAUUAUUAAAUUAUGUUAACAACUUGCACAAUGUAUGCACAAGAAUGUUUUUUUUAUUACAUUCUGUGCCCUACACAAAUAUGUGUUAAAAUUACUUAAAUUCUCUCAAUUGAUGAGAAUAUUCUUUCUUACUUUGGUCUGUAUGCAGUUUGUUUGGCGUAUACUAUGAACACUGAAUGAAAUAACAGUGUGUUCAUGGUUUCAAGUAGCGUAACAACUUUUUACAUGAUAUAGAAUACUGUGAAGAAAUAAUAAUCUUUUGUUAGUUAAGGAUACAAGGAGAUUAUUUAAAAUUUGAAUAGAACAAGUGCUUUAACAGGCAUAUAAAAGGCAACAUUUAAAAAAUAAUUGGUUUAUUAGAAUACAUGCAUUGUAAUGAACACAUACUUGCGCAAACCAAUUCAUUUGUUUGCGCAAAAUUCGUUUAAUUUUUGCGCAUGUACGUAACAGCACAAGCGUCCAUUGCGCUAAAGUACAGCGAAUAAUUUUGCUGUAUUUAUAACUUGUUUAAAUCGAUAUAAAAGUUUUUAAACUGACAUGGUCACUAGUAAUAUCAUUACAACUUAAAACGGGAUAUUUACCAUGUUUAUUAGUUUUUGUGAGUUUCCGAUAUUUCGGCACUGUUGCAAGCGCCAUGAUCACAAAAAGUAAUAAACAGAGUAAAUAUCCCGUUUUAAGUUUUAAUGAUAUUGUUUAAAUCGUAUCAGGUAUUCUGAUGCCACUCAAAAAGCACAUUACCCUUGUAUCCUUUAACGAUUCAUCAAAAAAGAAAUCAAUUUUCUAUAAACUUUAGUAAUUUGUAUUUAUUUCUAGCAUUACUUCGACCAGUGGUUUGUAAUUGUUAAUUUAUAAAUUUUAUAAAAACAAUCGUUUCACUACGUUAUUCGACAUCGAUUAUCUUCUCGAAUAAUAUUAAUCGAUACCACAUAUCACUGUUAACGUUAAGAUUAAAUUUUAGUUUACAGUUUAUUAUUUAUUUUUAGUUUUUAGUUUUCUUAACGCUUGCUGUGAUUUUUCACUACACAUUAAUGUAAUGAUAAUAAUGAUAUGAAUCUUAAGUAAUAAUAUAUAGUCUUGCCUUUCCAACGAAUUUAGUAAUUUAUUUGAUACGAAUUUGUAUAAUUUGUUAAAAUAUUUAAGAUUUGUUAGGUGACAAGCUUAGCGUAGAAACGAGACUGCGUUCGGCUCUCUGAUUGGUUGGUUUAUUUGAAUCGGCCAAUCAGAGCGCUGAAUAAACUCAUACUAAUGGUAUUGGUUCAUCACAAGCUACCAUGACUAAGUUUGUCACCCGCAAAAAUGUAUUAAAAAUCGCUUCUUUUCCUGUGCCAUUCGUAAAAUAAUAAUAAGAAUAAUGUACAUUUAUAAUUUUGAAUUAAUAUAUUUUUCAGAAACAAUAUAUUUUAUGUUAUUUUGUAUCUAAAAUCCGGUAUACAGUAAUUUUAACUGUAGUUUACGAUUUCUACUGAUAUUAAUAGGGACCCAAGUUAAUGGUAACAUGUAUUAUCUAUGAUUAUUAUGAUCAUAAGUUAUUUAUAAGUCGAUAAUACGUAAUUUUAUUAAUAAAAAAUAUGGUAUUUUUGCACCCUUUCACAUUUGGUGUCGUGUUUGUAAUAAUAUUUUCGUAAUACUAAUCGUUUGAAUACUAAUUUGUAUAUGUAGGUAUUAUCUGUCAGUCAAACUAGCCUUAAAUAUAAUGUGUUACGUUUAAAAUCAAGAAACAAAAGUGAUUUACAAUCUUAAUCUUUCUAACCAGCAUUUUGGACUAACUGCCAUACUUAACCCAGUCAUUUAAUGCUUACAUAACCCAUUCCUUAGUAAUUCUUCUCGAUAGAAAAUCGUUAGAUCGUUACUUAGUAAGAGUUUAAGUAACCAUUAAAUGACUGAGUGCGGCAGUAACACUUCAACUGAAUUUAUUUCGAAUUUGCCAUAACGUUUUGUCUUAUGUAGGUACGCUAGACACUUUGUCUAACGCGCUCUCGUUUCGUUUUUUUUAAACGUAAAGCAAACUUAUUCUAAUACUAGAGUUAUCCUGAUAAUCAUAUUCGAUAUAGCAAAUUCGAAAUUAACAAUAGAUUUUAAAACUUUUAUCUAAAUCUACAUUUUAAAUAACUUAAAGCAAUAAAAACCAUAUUCAAUUUACCUAAACAUAUCAUACCGUAGGUAUUUAUUAAAUGUUAAUGUAAUAGAAAACGGUUUUAGUAACGAAUGUAUUAUAAUCGGUAUUUAUAGACCGGGUCACAUAUUCAGGAAAUUGGUUUGCAAAAAUACACGUUGUUUGUAAAAUGAUUGAUUAAGAAGUAAAUUAAUGAGUUAUUUAGUAAUUCUAAUGUCUAGAUUACAUCGUUCUAAACUACACGUGGAAGAGCUAUGCUUUUACACUAAUGGGCCGAUUGUUCGGAGUGAUACCACGGCCUCAAAGACAAUCGAUAUGAAAAAUCGCUUGCGUUGUUUUUCGUUAUGUGACUGAGGUUACUGGAAGCCCAAUAACCCUCCUUCCCAAUCUUCCCAAUCCCCGAUUCUCCAACAACCCUUAAAUUCAAAAGACCAGCAACGCACGCUUCUGGUAUUUCGGCUGUCUUUGGGCGGCAGCGAUUGCUUACCAUAAUAUCAUCACGUGAUUUUUUUAGCCCAAAAAGUACCCUGUUUCCGAAUAUGUGACCUAAAUAUACUGUGCCUAUAACAUUAAGCGACGGUUGCCAUAAUUUAAACUAAUUAACUCGAGUUAAUAUUCAAUUUAUCGAACUAGAUUUUAUAGUUUUAAGAACGAAUUCCUUUUUAACACGAAUAACAAACAUACGUAUGAAUCCCCUAUGUUUCUAAGAUAUAAUCUGCAUUUUUCGUUAAAUACUUUUGACUAAGCAUUUUAAGUUUUUUUUUACUUACACUAAUUUGCAUUUGAAUCAACUUAAGCACACUACAUAAUAUUAAUUCUAAGUUUUUCGUUCUGUAUCCUUAGUACGUGUUUGCUUUACGUUGAACGAAAACGAAACGAAAGCGCGUUCGGCGCUCUGAUUGGCCAGCGCUAAUGAACUAACCAAUCAGAGCCGCGCUCUCGUUUUGUUUUCGUUCAACGUAAAGUAAACUGAUACUAAGGGUACAGAAGUAAACAAAACUUAUUUAUUGCAAAUGUAUGAAAUAAGCACUAAAAUCACACAAAACAUAUUUUUAUUUUACACAAAGAGUUUAUCGCACAGAACCUAAACACAACCUUAUUUGUUACUAUAGUUUUCUCUUUUCGUAAAUGUUCAAGCUUAUUUUCUGUUUCAACUUAAAUAAUAAGUUUAAUAUUUAGUUUUAAGUAGUCGAGUUUUUAAUUUAUUGCUUUGUGUACAGGCUUCUUUACUAAUCGCUAACGAAAUAGGAGAAUAAUAUCAAGUUCAAUUCUAUUUAAUUCAAAACAGCGAUCAAAAUAUACUAUGGCCUACCACGAUACCUAUGGUAAAGGAAUUUCUGGAUACGAAUUGAAAAUUUUGAUGUAUGUAUCUAUACAGUUGAAUUUUCUAUUGACCAUAGGCUACACUUGGUUCCCCAGUAGAGCGAAACUCCUCAUCGUAAAACUUGAUAGAUAAAUUAUAACAUAAAUGGCAACCCUUUUAUCUUAUACAGUUUUUUUUUAAACGCAACUGAUUUUGAUAUGGCUAUGAUAUUAAAAUUAAUGGAUUUGUCAACUAAAUUAUGUUUUUAAUUUAAACUUUUAAAUUAAUAUUAGAAUUGUGUGAAUGACUGAUGUAGUUUGUAAGUGUUGUAUUGUUCAAUUAUUUUGUAGUGUAAUCUAAUGUACCCCAAUGUAAUGUUUUCUAUCUUGUGAUGUAUAUGAAGUGCUGUGCGUUUUAUUUCAUGUCAAAUAAAAGUUUAUUGAUUUA